AUGAGCAUUCUACGCUGCAAUGGAGGCCUUUCUGGGGCUCUCCGUUCUUGCCAAUCUCGCAGAGUCCUGCCGACAACUCGCUUCCCGUCAACAAUAUCCUUUCCCCGUCGCACGUUCCAUGCUGGUCCGGCUCUGUGGGGGGUCAAGUCUCAGAUCUUGAAGGAUGUUGGCGAAGGUAUCACGGAGGUUCAAAUUAUCCAAUGGUACGUCGAAGAAGGCGCCCAUAUAGAGGAGUGGAAACCUCUCUGUCAAUAUCAAUCGGAUAAAGCAGUGGAUGAUAUUACCUCGAGGUACGAAGGCAUUGUUAAGAAGCUUCACUUCCAAGCAGAUGACACUGUCCCCACGGGAAGGGCUCUGUGCGAUAUAGAGGUUGAGGAUGGAAAAUAUCCAGAUGAUAACCCACCAUCUGAGCCAGCACCGGCACCGGCGCAACCCAGCUCUGCUCCUGCACCAGCUGAGACAAAACAGCCUUUAGUAGUAGAAGUGGCUGCUGCUACCCAAAAGCCAGAAGCCCCGAAAAAUAGUUCACGAUAUGCUACUCUUGCCACCCCGGCCGUCCGUGGGAUGCUCAAGGCACAUAACGUGAAUAUACUAGAUGUUCCAGGGACGGGGAAGGACGGACGCGUCCUCAAAGAGGAUGUCCUUCGGUUUGUAGCAGCGCGGGACUCUGCACCUACGCCGCAACCUACAAUCCCUACAACCCCUGCGUCACCGCAGACAGACACGGCGGUCAACCUAACACCAAUCCAGUCACAAAUGUUUAAGACCAUGACACGGUCACUCAACAUCCCCCACUUCCUAUUUGCAGAUGAGCUAAACAUCAACAAUAUCACUGCUCUGAGAAAGAAACUGGCCAAUGAUCCGAAGGACCCCAGGAGAAUUACCUUCCUCUCCUUCGUCAUCAAAGCCGUCUCUCUAGCUCUAAAUGAAUAUCCAAUCUUGAACGCCAAGGUUGACACAAGCAAUCCCAACAAGCCCCAACUCAUCAUGCGGCCCAGGCACAAUAUUGGUGUUGCAAUGGACACACCACAAGGCUUGAUCGUGCCAAAUGUUAAAGAUGUUGCCAGCCGGUCCAUUGAAGACGUUGCAGCAGAAAUCUCCCGCCUGAGCGCUUUAGGUAAAGAAGGGAAGCUCACUCCAGCAGACCUGAGUGGCGGAACCAUCACCGUCUCCAACAUAGGCAAUAUCGGGGGUACCUACGUCGCACCAGUGAUUGUGUCCAACGAAGUGGCUAUCCUGGGUGUCGGAAAAUCUAAGACGGUACCAAUCUUCGAUGAAGCGGGCCAGGUUACCAAGGGCGAAUUGGUAAAUUUCAGUUGGAGCGCGGAUCACCGUGUUGUGGAUGGCGCGACUAUGGCUCGGAUGGCCAAUAAGGUCCGGGAAUGUAUUGAAUCCCCGGAGUUGAUGCUUUUAAAGCUACGGUAG